GUGGGAAAACGCGCCCUAGGAUGUCGAAUGCGGUAAUAGUGGUGCCAGGCUUGUCGUCUAGAGGCGUCUUUUAGUGAUAUAAAAUGGAAAUGCGUCAUGUUCGACAGCCUUGCAUUGGAAGCUGUGUAACGUUGCCGCCAUGCAUCACGAGAUUGUCGCUCUCGAGGAGCAUCAGCAGCCUCUCCCACUUGACGGCUUCAACUUCCCCGCCACCAUUACGCACAACCUGACAGCCUACGCGACGACGUCGACACGCGAAGAGCUCCACUCGCGCAUCCGCAAUGCCACGAUAGUCAUCACAACCACUAUCAAGCUAGAUGCCGAAACAUUGCGCCCCAGUGUUACUCCAAACCUCCGCUACAUUGCCAUUUCUGCGACGGGAACAGACCCUGUGGACCUCGACGCCUGCCGGGCCCGCAAUAUUCGUGUUACAAACUGCCCUGGGGCCAAUAUCGACGCUGUUUCGGAACAUGCCAUAGGCCUGUACUUUGCCGCCAGACGACGAACCGUGUUCUUAGACCGCGUUACUCGUGCGCAGCCUAGCGAAUGGAAGACCAAGGGUAGUGUCAAUCAGCACAUGCGCCUGCCGGAUGGCAUGCCUCCGAUGACCUGCAAAGAUGAGGUUAUGGGUGUUAUCGGCUAUGGGGGCAUAGGGAAGCGAGUGGCUGCGCUCGGGCAAGCAUUGGGCAUGCGCGUGCUUAUCGCCAGUCGCAAGACACCGGCGACGCCUCCCCUUGACGGCGGACUACCACUACCAGCCCCAGAUGCUUCAGACGACCGCAUACCUUUUGACGAUGUGCUCCGUAACUCCACCGUCCUUGUCCUAUCUCUGCCGCGAAACCCCGAGACGCUCAACCUCAUCUCCACCGCAGAGCUCGAGAAGAUGCAUCCAUACACCGUCUUGAUCAAUAUCGCGAGAGGCGGCAUAGUACACGAGGCAGCCGUCGUGCAAGCCUUGAAGGAACGGCGCAUAGCGGGUUAUGCUACUGACGUGUAUCAGGUGGAACCUGUUGGUGGACCUGAGGAUUCACCGCUGCUGGAGGAAGACAUAAAAGAUCUCAACAUUACCUUGAGUCCUCACUUGGCGUGGUUCUCGACAAGGUCAAUCAAGAACCUUGGUGAAAUUCUGAAAGAGACCAUCGAGGGAUAUGUGAGCGGCAACGACAUCAACGUCAUUCUCUGACAGCAUGACCCAUAACGUACACAGUAGAGGCGCCGACACUAUACUUCUGUCGCUGACCUCGGAGCAAUUCCAACACAUAGAUAUCUUGCGGCACCGACAGCCACCGACGACUCUAGCAACUUUCUGCGUCACGCCACGGAAUCGUGUUUGACUAUGCUCCUGACGAAGCAUGGACUUUAUUAGAAUUCAAUCAUUAUGCUCUGUGGCCUCACUCUUGGAUCACCCUACGAAUACCACAAAAGUAAUCUCUGAUUCCGAGUCUAUGUGUACUUUGGUAUUCUUUGGUGACUUGAACACGACAAGAUAGACGAAGGACACAUGUGGCGUCGUGGUUAUAUGUUCUGAGCAGUCCCGAAAUGUACAAAAGUGAACCGGAUACAACGCGAAAUCAUCC